AUGGUUAGCAAAUUGGUCCAAGAAUGGCUCAGACUCGAUAAGAAUCCUCAGAGUAGGGCAGAAAUUGAGGAUUUGGCCAAGCAGGAUCCUGAAAAACUCGAGCAUCUCAUGUCUCCUCGCAUUGCCUUCGGAACUGCCGGCCUCCGCGCAUCUAUGGAGCCGGGCUUUGGCCGCAUGAACCAUGUAACGGUGCUGCAGGCUUCCCAGGGCUUGGCCGUAUAUGUCGAGAAAAACGUAGAAGACGCCCAUGCUCGAGGAAUUGUAGUUGGCCAUGACCAUCGCCACCACUCAAAGGAGUUUGCGGCCUUGACGGUUCUGGCCUUCGCGUCCAGAGGAUUCAAAGUGACCUUCCUGGGCCAGGUGCACACCCCAAGCGUACCUUUCGCUAUCGAUUUGAAGAGGGCCGCAUGUGGAGUUAUGAUUACAGCGUCGCACAAUCCGGCAAAAGAUAAUGGCUACAAGGUGUACUGGUCGAAUGGCUGUCAAAUCAUCCCCCCGCACGACUCGGGAAUCGCCGCGGCCAUUCAGGACAACCUUGAGCCGUGGACUUGGGACAUUGAUAGUGUUUCGGAGAUUCUGGAUAAUCCGGUUUCAAUCACUGAGGAGUAUUUCAAAAGUUAUGACUCGCAUACUUAUACUGCAGUCGACACUGAUCUCAAGUUCGUAUACACGCCGAUGCACGGUAUUGGCUUGCCAUACUUUGAGCAGGCAGCCAAGAUGUUGGGCAUAACGAACCAAUGUGUGAUUGUUAAAGAACAAGCGACCCCAGAUCCGGACUUUUCAACGGUAAAGUUUCCUAAUCCCGAGGAAAAAGGGGCGCUUGAUCUUGCCUAUAAAUAUGGCGAUGAACACGGUGCAACAGUGGUUCUAGCCAACGAUCCUGAUGCUGAUAGAUUUUCGUGUGCUGUUAAAACUGAGCAUGGCUGGCAGCAACUGAAAGGUGACGAAGUCGGUACGCUGCUUGCAGACUUUUUGAUCAAGCACACCAAGGGAGUCGCCAAGGACAAAAUCGCACUACUCAAUUCAACUGUAUCGAGCCAGGUGACUCGUCAUUUAGCCGAGCAUUACGGCUGCCAUUAUGAGGAGACUCUGACGGGGUUCAAGUGGCUGGGAAAUAAGGCCAUCGAUCUCGAAAAAGAGGGCUACACUCCUGUGUUGGCUUAUGAAGAGGCCCUCGGGUAUAUGUGUGGUGGAGUCCAUGAUAAAGAUGGUGUUAGCGCGCUACAUGUGUUUGUGCAGCUGCUUGCCUGUCUCCAAGGAGGAGCUUUGGCCGAGCUCGAGCGAAUCUCUAAGCUUGUUGGGUACUUUUCGCAAUACAAUUCGUAUUAUACUGUUUCUAAUCCUUCGCAAACUAAUAAAGUUUUUGCAAGGAUUCGAAGCAAUGGUAUCCCAACUAAGAUUGGCGCCCUGGAGGUUGUUAAAUGGAGAGAUCUUACGACAGGGUACGACAGCGAACAGCCCGAUCAUAAGCCCGCUCUGCCAGUUUCCAAAAGCUCUGAGAUGAUCACUGCCGAAGUGAAGUACAAAUCAGGUACUGCUCGCUUCUCUACGCGAGGGUCUGGCACAGAACCAAAGAUCAAAGUAUAUAUUGAGGCAAGAGCAGACAAUGCAGAAGACGCUGAAGUUAUUGCUAAAGGUGUUUGGGAUAUUCUUGGAAAAGAAUGGUUUGAAAAUUUGCCGUCGGCUUGAUUGCAUAGUUUGGUAUCCCGCGUUUUGUGCUCUAUCAAAAGUAUCUUGGCGGUUUCAGUCAUAAAGUAGUUAAAUUAGGGAAUAAGAAGAUUCAGAGUUAUCAACGUAUUGUGUUCGAACUAAAGCAGGACCCAGUGGACUCUGGUGAAUGGAUUCUGGUAGGAGCUACGGCAGGU